UGAUUCGUACAUUUAGAAACACACUAAGGGAUUUACCCUUGAUCCUCUUCCAAGAAAGUCAUCUUCUUUUAAUAAUUUACCAAGCUCCAAAGCUUCAACUGUUGUUCCACUAAAUGCUGAAUGUUUACAACUUCUUCAAGAGUGUUCCUUGAAGAGUCUGAUCCCUAACCAGAGCUGCCAUGUUGGUGUGCCCCAUGUGUAAGGAAGAGUACACCACCAGCGGUGAGAGGCAACCUCGACUCCUCAUCGGCUGUGGCCACACAUUCUGUCAGAGCUGUCUGGAUAACAAGUGCAGCAACAUAGAGGGUGUGGCUUGUCCGCAAUGCAGUCAUGUGACACACGACCCUCAUGUACCCAACAUCACCAUCAUGAACUAUGUAGCGGCGAUUAAAGUAGAACCAGACAAGACGGUCCGCCAUCCUCUACCUCUUCCGCAGAAAUCCAUCUGUCAAAACUGCCGCAAGGAGUUUGCUACUCACAUCUGCUUCCAGUGUCUACCCACUGGGUUUAUGUUCUGUGCCUCGUGCUGUGAGAGGGAGCACAGUCGACCGUUUGGGCCAGUCAAGGAUCACAAACCAAAGGCCAUAGGAGCUGUUCGUAUCAACACUCCAGUACCAAUGUGUCCCGACCAUCCUAACCAACCAUGCCUCCUCUUCUCCUCUAAGAGUAACAAGUUUGCUUGUGAGCAGUGCAAACGCAGUGGUGUGUGUUCUGAUGAGGAUCACUACAUUCCUAUAGAGGAUGCGGUGGAGGCAGUCCGCAAUGACGUACCCAGUCUAAUGCAGCUCAUACGAGACAAGGUGGAGGCCAUCAUCAAGACACGGACUGAGCUAGACUCUUUGCUCAAGAGAGUCGAUCAGGAGAAGAUGCGAGCCUUGGACCGUGUCAAUGUAGACUUCAGCACAUUGGAGAUGGCUCUAAAGAAGAGGCUGGCUGAAGUGACAGGACUCAUUGAGCAAGAGGCCCACUUUCAAAAGAAAUCUCUGCUAGAGCAACAAGAGAGCCUAGAGCUUGCUCAGGGGAAUGCCGACACAGCAAUUGUCCGUGGCAACUGGCUCCUUCAGAUGACCGACUACAAUCAUCUACAACAAGCCGAGAACACUCUGAGCCGCAUGCGAGCACAACUCAUGGAUGAAGACCUACCUCUGUACCAAGCAGCUGUCACCACUGGAGAGAUCCCAGUCUACCUACCCCCUGACCUGCUCACUACUAUUGAAACCCUCGGCUGUAUUGGAGGGGGGAGAGUGCCCUCUCGACUGAUCACAGAGAUUAACUGUGGCCUGCUUAUGCUCAAGUGGGAGCAAACACAUCUGGAUGCUGCUGAAAAGUACGAGAUUCGAUACACGCCCGUCGAAGAGGAGGAUAGCGACCCCGUUUCCAUGGUGACUGGCGAUUACUCGAAAUACAUGGACAACUUUCCACGUUCGAUUGAUUCCAUACCAGCCACGGUUACUCAGACGCUCGUCAGUGGGAUCAUGCCUAUGAAGAAAUAUGGUUUCCGUAUUCGCUCACUCAAUAUUGCCGGGUGGGGUAUUUGGAGUCAACCUGUUGUGGGGGCGAUGCCGGGGUUUCCCCUGACCAUAGAGUACACUGGGCAGAUUGUCGAGCUAGAGAUACCGUGGACUGGACGCUAUCGCAUCACAGCUCGAGGGGCCAAAGCAGCUGACGGUGAUGUGAGGAAAGGAGGGCGUGGCGGAAUCAUUGAGGCCACCUUCCAACUAACCAAAUAUGACAAGCUGAUCAUCUUGUGUGGUGGCAUGUCUGAGAAGGUGUUGUCCUCCACCGGUGGUGGUGGAGGAACGUUUGUAUCACUCCAGAAGCGCUCUCACUGCCUCAUUGUUGCCGGGGGCGGGGGUGGAACAAGAGGACAUGACUCUGAUGACUAUGACGGCAGAGAUGCUAACGUGAUGAGUGACGAGGGAUUGGACAGUCUUGGACAGCAAUGGGCUGAGGGCGGGGCUGGGGGAGGGGCUGGAAAGGAUGCAAACUACUCGGCUCCAUGCUGGGGCUUUGGAGGAGCAGGCUUCAGCUCAAGCUCGUUGAAAUCUCAAUCGUUUAUUAGCGGAGGGAAGGCUGGACAAGGCGGUGGAUUUGGUGGAGGUGGUGCCGUGGGCGUGUAUGGAGGGGGCGGUGGAGGCGGCUACUCUGGAGGUGGUGGUGGGCGUGGUGGAGGAGGCGGAGGAUCAUUCAUCGCAGAAGAUGGAGAGAACCAAAACCGCACUCUCGGGAAUUCUGGACACGGAUCAGUGACUAUUGUAGAUGUAGCUGAAGGACAGUGAACACAAUUUUAGCAAUUUUAGCCUUUAUACCAUAAUUAUAAUUAAUGUGGUUGAUUAUUA